AUGAGGACCAGCAUGCUGCUUGUGUUCUUUUGGGGGUUAUCCUGCGCUCUCCCAGUAACCAGGUAUCAAAAUACUGCAUCUGAAAGCUCUGAAGAAUGGAAGGGUCCUUUGGCUCAAGCACCAACACCACCGAAGAAGAGCAGUGAGUCAUCAGAAGAAAGUGAAGUUAGCUCAGAGGAACAGGCAAACAAAGGCCCCCGGGACAGCGCCGAGUCAGAGGAAGGCCUGGGCUCUGAUGAUCGCCAGUAUGUUUAUAGACCAGCUAGUGGCCUCUCUAGGAGUCCAGGAAAAGAAGGAGAUUAUAGAGAUGAUGAUGAAGAUGACAGUGGAGAUGACACUUUUGGAGAUGAUGACAAUGGCCCUGGGCCCCACGAGAGACAAGAUGGAGGGCACUCCAGACUCAGCAGGGAUGAGGAUUCUGCUGACACCACACAAUCCAGGGAAGAUAGUGCCCCACGAGGAGAAGAACAUACCCAAGAUGACACUAAUGAGAGCAGGGACCUUGACAAUGAGGAUGAAAGGGACAGCAGGCUCGAGGGAGGUGACUCCACUCAAGACAGCGAGAGCGAGGAGCAGUGGGUGGGUGGUGGCAGUGAGGGGGAGAACAGCCACGGGGAUGGCUCUGAGUUCCACGAUGACGAGAUGUACAGUGAUGAUCCAGACAGCGUCAGGAGCGAGAGGGGCAACUCCAGGACCAACAGCAACGCCAUCCAAUCCAACGAGUCAAAAGGGCACCGUGAGCAAGCAAGCACCCGGGGUUCAGAUGACAGCCAAUCAGCGAGGAAUCCCUGGAGAAAACCUGGGGGGAAGUCCCGCCUUCCUGAGGAGGAUGAUAGAGAUGAGCUUCCGGGUAGCAACACCGUGGAGGAAGUCCAGAGCGAGUCGACGGAAAACACCGGCUCCAAAGAAGCCGGCCCUCACCUAUCCAGGGAGGACAGGACUGAGUCGAAGGAAGACAGCGAGGAGAGUCGGUCCCAGGAGGACCGCCGGGAUGUGGAGGACCCCAGCAGCGAGUCUAGUCAAGAGCACAGCAGUGAGUCUCAGCAGGAGGCAGUGAGUGAGUCCAGGGGCGAUAAUCCGGAUCACACCACCAGCCACCCGGAAGGCCAGAAAGACAGUGACUCCAGCGAGGAGGACAGCCUGAAUCCACACUCCAGUUCAGAAAGCGAAUCCAGGGAGGGGCAAGCGGACAGUGAAUCCAGCGAGAGCCUCGGUGACUCAGAGGAAAGCGCCGAGUCCACUGAGGGCGAGAGCAGUUCCAGCCAGGAGGGCGUCCAGUCUCGCAGCGUCUCAGCAGAGAGCCGGAGCGACCACAGCCGGUCUGAUGAAGAGGAGGACAGCGACUCUCAGGACAGCAGCAGAUCGAAAGAAGAGAGCAACUCGACUGAGAGCAAAUCAAGUAGUGAGGAAGACGGCCAGGCACACAACAUUGAGACAGAAAGCAGAAAAUUAACCGUUGAUGCUUAUCACAACAAACCCAUUGGAGAUCAAGAUGACAAUGACUGCCAAGAUGGCUAUUAG